AUGCCGAAGAGUGGAAGCAACAACGGCCGCGCCUUCACCGUCCUCCGCGACGUCUCCCUCCACUCCUCAAUCCUCUCCAUAAAAAUCAACCCCAAAAUCGACGUCAUCGCCGUCGCCACCAAAGACGGCGCCUUGUCCUUACAUCGCAUCGACUGGCAACGCUUGUGGCGAACGGUCUCCCCGGGGAACGAGUGCACGUGCUUGACGUGGAGAGAAGACGGGAAGAUUUUAGCGGUGGGACGAAGAAACGGAGACGUGGAGUUGUUUCACGUGGAGAAUGGGAACAACCACGCGGGUGGGGAAGGCGCGGUGUAUCCGAGCUGGACCGUGGAACGGAUGACGGAGAGAUUUUGCGACGGAUUAGGAGAGGAAGAAGACGGGAAGAGGAAAAUAUCCGCGUUGUGUUGGAUGGGCGUCGUUGGGAGCAUAGCUGAGGACAAAGAAACAGACACGCAGUUGACGAAAGAGUUCGAAGCGUUGGCGAGGAGUGGAAGCCACGCGACGUCGUCGUCCGGGAGUAACAACACCGCCGCGCUGCUUUUCAACGACGACUCGUCGGCGAGCAAAUUUCACGCUCGGCCAAAGCUGAGCGUAUCGAACGCCGCGUUGGCGAUGAUGCGAGGCGGGAAGAGCAGCGGUCAAAGUGGGAAGAGUUUUGGGUUUGUGCGACGAAAUAAAGGGGUGGACGUGGAGGAGACGAUAGAGGACGACGUUUUGCUCGAGGAGGACGAGGACGAAGAGGACGAGGACGAGGAGCGUUGGGAAAUCGACGAAGACCAACAGGCUUGGAACAGAGACCAGAUUUUAGAUCACAAGGCACCGCCGAGCCAGAUGAACGUUUUAGUGGCUGGAGAUGUGAGCGGGAACGUGGCGUGUUUUGGUUUUGGCGCGUUUCCGUUGUUUUGGCAAAAAGUACCGACGAACAACGAAGACGAAGAGAAAUCCGCGGUGGAAGCGGUGUCGGUAUCGAAAGAGAAAAACGCCAUUUGCGCUCGCGUAAAUGGCAACGCGUACGCGAUGUUGUCAUUUGAUUUGCUCUCACAACAUCGCGUGAAAGCGACGUACGAUUUCGCGUUACACGCCGCGCACACCAGUCAGCUUUUGAGCGCGUGUUUGAGCUCGGUCGCGAUGCUUUCGAAACGAUGGAAAGCGGCGCUAAAGACGGCGUUUUACCACACGGUGGUUGAUUUUGCCAUCUCGUCGAUUGACCCAGAUUUUCAAAGAUUUAUAGUUACGGAGAAACCGAAGAGAGUGGGUAAACUAAGCGCCGGGGCGUCGUAUUUGCGAGGUGACGACGACGACGACGAGAACGAGAAGAAAACAUCCAUGAGUGAAAUCAUCGCGGACGAGAAGUUCCGCGCGCAGUUUUGCGAUAUUUUUUGUAAAGACGCACUUUCGUUGUACGAAACAGGCAUCAUAGAUCGCGGUUUAGAAGAUUUUUUCGGUGUGAGGUGUAAAUCGGGCGAGUUAAAGAAACGCGCGAGGCGCUUAGACCACGAGACGAACGUCGCGCACGACGUUUUGGUGAAGAAAGUCGCUCCGGCGUUGUCGGUGGCGUUUAGUCGCUUGCGAGAAUUAAGAGGGUUGUCCAGGUGGAAAAAACACGCGAAACCGCUCGGUUUGAGAGAAGAAACGUUGGAUAAGUUGUGCGAAGAAGUCGAGCUGGCGUGUAUGGCGUGCCACGACGCGACGACGGCGUGUACGAUGGUUGGUAGUAGGAAUCGCGCGAUAUUCGCGUUUCUAAUGCGCGCGCAGAAACGCAUGGAAACAGGCGUUCCAUUAGCAGCGGUACCGAACUUACCGGAAGCGAAUGUAGAAAAUGUAAUGGACGCGCUGGGACGAAGCUCAGAGUUAUCAACGGAUCGGUUGGAAAUGCAGUUGUCGAGACAUGGCGACGACGACGGUAUUCGCUACGGCGGCUUGCGAGACUGCUUAGAAACGCUCCUGAAAACAUGGGACGAAGACUUUCUUCGCGAAACGAGCGGUACGAUUGAAGGAAACGUUGUUGCAACCCCCGCAACGCCUGGUAGCAAUUCAUCGAUUGAUGGCGACGUCGACGACCAAACGAAGAAGUGCGACACGUUGAGCGCCAACGCCACGUUUAUAAGUUCCGGAUCUCUCGCCGUUCAAGAAAGCUUUCGAGACGCCGUUCGAAACGGAUGCCAGUUCGGUAAAGAUGUCGUUGCUUCUAAUUUUGGUAUGAGUAGCGACGAUAUGGGUACCGAUACCAACGAGCUUUACUACGAAACCGUCGAACCUCUCGAUGCUUUAGAAUACACGAACGGUCGUGCGCUCACUUUAUUAGUUCCCAAAGAAGAAGACGAAGCAGAAGAAGACAUGGCGGAGGGCGAAAAUCCUAACCGUCACAAAGCCGCCGUUCUCGUUCUCGCCGACGGUGUGGCUACAUUCGACGAUGACGGAGAGGACGACGACGAGCGCAAGUGUCGCCGCCUUCCUCCGAACGCCGUAGGUCCAAUCGAAUGUUCGACCUCUCGAGGUUUAGCCGCCGUGCGCAUCGGCGCGAACCGAUUCAUCGUUUUAGAUUUAGAAGAAGACGAAGAAGACGACGAUGAGAACGACGACGACGAGUAA